AUGAAAGACGCCAAAGAAAAACCUGCAAAGUCACGGAAGCAGAGGCCGCUAUAUAGCUGCGGUGAAUGCCGCAGACUCAAGUUGAAAUGCGAUCGCCAAUGGCCAUGCAACCAAUGCAGACGGAGAGGCUGUUCAGCCAUAUGUCCGGAUGGUACAAUGAAAGGCGCAACCAUGUCCCGCCAGGCGCUCGUCGACAACACAAGCAACUUACUUUCGCGUAUCGAUCAGCUCGAGAGCAGCAUCAGGUCCCAGGGCGGCAUAGUCCCUCACCCGGCCACUGAGCUCAUUUGCAACGCAACUGCAGUGUUUAAUUCCCCCAAUUCCUCCGCUUACCCAACAACAACCCACAACGGCUUCGAGACGCAUCAGGAGGACUUUGCUGAGAGUUUCGGUGCACUCACUGUUUCCAGAGAGGGCCAAUCGCGCUAUGUUGGUCCCAGCGCCGGCUCUGAGUGGCUCCAGAAUGAGUCGCUGGAAGAUACUGAGCAGGAAAUUAUUGACGAGAAGCGUCAGAUUGGCGAGAGCUCUGAUAGUCCGCCCUCCGAUUUCCCAUUCAGUGCGAGCAAUAGUGGUGAAAUCGUUACUGAGUUGUGGAAACAGCUGCCAUCUCGAGAGAUUGCUGGUGAGCUGACGGAGAUCUACUACCGCACUUGCUCGUGUCUCUACAACUGCGUACAGCGCGAUGUUUUCGAAAAGGAUCUCGAUAUACUCUAUGUUUAUGUUCACCCAGACCCGCACAAGCUCGCUCGACUGUAUAUGGUCUUUGCGCUGGGCGUGUACUUCGACACUACCCGCUCUACCGACCACCCUGAUUCGCAGCGCUUCUACAGCUAUUCCAAAUCCCUUCUCUCCGCUGGUGACUUUCUCGUCAAAAGCAGUAUCCCCGCGGCGCAGACGCUGCACAUGAUGGGUCUCUAUCUACUUAAUAGGAAUAGGUUGAGCGGGGCUGAUUCUUAUUAUCCACUUCUCGGUGUACAGUUGCGCAUUGCGCGUGCAAUGGGUCUGCAUCGCGACGGUGCGCGCUGGGGAUUCACUCAGGCGGAGUUGAAUGAGCGGCGGAUGACGUUCUGGGAGACUCAGACGAUGGACGUCUUUCAGUCUAUCUGUUUUGGUAGGCCUUACUCGACGCAAUUGCGCCAUGUGGACUGCAAAUUUCCCCGCGAUGAACACCCUGAUGCGCAAAAUGCAGGGUUUCAGACACUGCGUUACACGCUUGUCAGACUCUUGUGCAAGAUCAGCGAUGACAUUUAUAGCGUAAAGCCACCGACAUAUGAUGUUGUCAUUGCGCUCGAUAGGGAAGUGCGGCAGUAUGACAAAGACAUACCACCCCAUCUGCGCUGCAAUGCUGCGGCCGUCGUGCGAAAUAGUUCAAAUUACCCUCUCAAGCGGGAAGCAGUGGAUGGGGAGGAGUUGAUUCUACAGCAGCACACACUCGCUAUGAAUGUGAAUGAAUGCCUACUCUAUAUAAACAGACGCUAUUUUGCACAUGCACUCAAAACUCACCCUCAAAACCCUCUCAAGUCACCCUUCGCGCAGUCGUUCAUUGCCGUAAUGGAGUGUUGCAGGGUAAUGGUCGCACUCGGUCAGAGCAUCCACCGUCUCCUCCCGGACCUUUCUGCGCGGCACUUUUUCUUUUUCUAUCAUAUGUUCAGCUUCGGGGUGUGCUCGGCAGCGUCCUGCAUCAUCUCGCCUGGAUCUUCGAUGGCAAGUGAUGCGUGGAUGGAUCUCAACUCCAUCACCGACCUCUGUGCACUACCCAGCGCAGGAAAGCGCGCAAAUCAAUUCGUACCGGCGCUCAAUAAACUUCGGGAGCGUGCGCUUGUACGCUGCAAAGAACACAUAGAAGCUAAGGUGCACAACACGGAUGAUCACGAUAACGAACAUAUGGUCAUGCUAGGUUUGGGAAGCAGGGUGGUGACGACGGAAACGCAAACUACGCGUUUCAAAACGCCAACAAGUGGAGGAGUGUUGGAUGGAUUGUUCGAGAAUGACAAGGGCCCCAAUCCCUCUGAUCAAAUCUACUCCCAACUCCUCAAACAGACUGAAGGUACACCGAGCAGUGCGGAAAUGUUCAAUAACCUUUGGAAUAUCCCAAAUGACACCAACUCCGCUUUAUCACUCAGCGGUAGUACAAACGAAUACAACAACAUCUUCCCUAGCUCUCUCGACUUCAUGGAAAUGGAUAGCGUACUUAAUGGCACACAAAGCGACACAGAUUGGACAGCUGUGCUGAGGAGUAUGGGUUUAUGA